AUGUCAGUACUGAUCGUGACCAGCGUGGGGGACAUCUCGGUUGAUCUCCACACCGACCUGUGCCCCUUCACCACCAAAAACUUCCUCAAGCUCUGCAAAAUGAAGUACUACAAUGGGUGCCUAUUCCACGACGUAAAGAAGGAUUUCUUGGCACAAACUGGUGAUCCAACUGGAACUGGCACUGGGGGUGAUUCCGUAUACAAGCACUCAAAACCUGGAACUGUAACUAUGGCAAGUGCUGGUGAAAACUGCAAUGCCUCACAGUUCUACAUUACUCUACGGGAUGAUUUGGAUUACCUUGAUGAUAAACACACUGUGUUUGGGAUGGUUGCUGAAGGUUUCGAUACACUGCUGAAAAUAAAUGAAGCUUAUGUUGACGAUAAAGGAAGACCAUUCAAGAACAUAAGGAUUAAACAUACAUAUGUCUUGGAUGAUCCUUUUGAUGAACCUCCUCAGCUUGCUGAACUUAUUCCUGAUAAUUCCCCCAAAGGAAAGCCACGUGAUGAGAUUGGAGAAGAGCGCUUAGAGGAUAAUUAUGUUCGUUCGGACGAAACAGCGGCUCCUGAAAAACUUGAGGAGAUGAUCCGUGCUAAAGAGGCACAUACAAAUGCAGUAGCCCUUCAGAUUAUGGGAGAUAUUCCAGAUGCUGAGAUCAAACCUCCAGACAAUGUCUUAUUUGUUCGCCCAAUUAACCCAGUAACGCAAGUUACUUCGUUGGAGCUUUUUGGUGGAACUAUAGAUGAAGAUUUAUAUACAAUUUUCUCUCGUUUUGGAACAGUGACAUCGGCUGAAAUAAUUCGUGACAAGAAGACUGGACACAGCUUAGAUGGGUGCUUCAGGUGUGGUGCCCCUCGUCACCUAGCCAGGGAUUGCGACAAGAUGGUGGCCAGAAAAACAAAGGCUUCUGAAAGGCAAAAACACAAAGCACAGUGGAAAUUACGGUCGAUGAAAAACCUUGAGAAAAACCAGAGUGAUUGGAAAGGAAGCUGGCAUGGUAAAGGCGAGACGAUAAGAACAGAGGGGGUCAAAGUACCUGACCCCAGCAGAAAGGGGGAGGAUGAUGAAGAUUACAGCCAAAGGGGUAAAUCUGAUGGUGAACGGCGCCAAAAGAGCCCUAAAAGUAGACAUGGAAGAUGGUGGAUAACACGUGAGACCGGUGAGAGAAACUAG